AUGACCGAAAUAGAUAUUGAAAGGAUUAUGUCAUCACAUUACUUUAUCCCACACCAUUGUGUGCUUAAACCUGACAGUACCACCACCAAGUUACGUGUGGUAUUUGAUGCAUCAUCCAAAACAACAUCAGGGCAAUCUCUCAAUGAUUUACUACACAUCGGACCAACUGUUCAAAGUGAAUUACUGUCUAUUUUACUACGAUUCCGUCUUCCUCGUUAUGUGUUUACAACAGACAUUGAAAAGAUGUACCGACAAAUACUUGUACAUCCAGAAGACAUAACAUAUGGUACUAGAUCAGCACCAUAUCUAGCUGCUCUCAAACGAAAUUUCUAUGUAGAUGACUGUUUAAAUGGGGCAGAUAGUCUGAGAACAUUGUUGGAAACUCAGAGUCAAUUAAACAAAAUACUGACAGCAAACGGUUAUAAAUUGCGAAAAUGGUUCGCAAAUCAUCCAAGUUUACUACAAGGAAUUCCACACGAUGACCUAGAAGUCAAUUUAGAUUUAGAAAAUAAUAACGAUACAACAAAAACUCUUGGAUUAUCCUGGUAUCCAAAAUCUGAUAGUUUAUGCGUGAAGGUUAAAUUGGAACCCGUUUGCAGCACGACGAAGCGCAGUGCAACCUCAGAUUUAGCAAGGUUAUUUGAUCCACUAGGACUUUUGUCACCAGUUGUGGCGAUGGCAAAGAUCUUUAUUCAAGAAUUAUGGAAUUUAAAGAUGGAUUGGGAUGAAAAACUGCCGACUGAAUUACAUAAACAGUGGUUAGAGUUCCUGAACAAUUUGACAAAAGUAAAUUGUCUGCAGAUAUUUCGUCAUAUUUUCAAAGGCGAAGUUCCUGCCAACAUUCAAUUACACAUCUUUACAGAUGCAUCAGAAAAGGUAUAUGGCGCUGCGGCGUAUUUGCGAUCAACACUUCAGAAUGGUCAAAUUAUUGUACGACUAUUGUGUGCCAAAUCUCGGGUUGCACCUUUGAAAAGGUUGACAUUACCUCUUCUCGAACUUUGUGCAGCUGUGGUUGGCGCAGAACUAGCAACAAGAAUAAAGAACGACCUACAAAUAAGAAAUUACCAGACGUUCUUUUGGCGUGAUUCACAAAUAGUGAUAUCAUGGAUCAACUCUCCAUCAUCAAAGUUUCACACUUUCGUUGCAAACAGAGUAAGCAACAUUCAUCAAUUAACAGCCACAAGUCAGUGGUGCCACGUCAGUUUGGAACACAAUCCAGCUGACAUUUUAUCAAGAGGCCUUGCACCCCAUAAACUACAGUCAUCAAGUAUGUGGUUUUAUGGACCCAUGUUCUUACAUGGUCGGAAAGAAUUGUGGCCUUCAAAACCAUCAUCAGCGUUAAAAUCCGAAACCCUCAUUGAUCCUGAACGGAAGAAGGAAACUCAAGUAUCUACAUUGUCUGUUGUUGAAGGCACAGCAAAUCCUGGAGAAGUUGGUGGACAUUUGGAUGCAGCCACAUUAUCGUAUGACGCAAAACAUCCUAUGUUGUUGCCUUAUAACGACCCCAUUUUCAAAUUAAUAAUGGAACAAGUCCAUAAGAAAUACAUGCACUGUGGUCCACAGUCUCUCCUAGCUAACAUGCGUCAACGAUACUGGCCAAUUAAGGGCAAAUUGAUGGCAAGGUCAUUAGUACAACAUUGUGUACGUUGUACUAAAGUAAGACCACGAUUUUAUGAACAACUGAUGGGUAAUUUGCCAGCGACAAGAGUACAACCUGGGCGACCAUUCCUCACCACUGGAGUGGACUUUUGCGGACCUUUUUGGAUACAUUAUAGAAUCCGAGGCAAGAAACCACACAAGGCAUACAUUGCUGUGUACUGUUGUUUUACAACUAAGACAGUUCACCUCGAAGUAGUUAGCGAUUUAACCACAGAUGCAUUCAUCGGAUCGCUGAAACGUUUUAUUGCUCGAAGAGGACACUGCAAAAAUUUGUUUUGUGACAAUGCCACAAAUUUCGUGGGAGCAAACAAUCAACUAAUUGAACUUGCAGACUCAAUUCAAGCAAACAAGGCACAAGAGAAGAUAAUUAACGAAUGUAAUGAAAGAGGAAUAACAUUUAAAUUUAUACCUCCUCGUGCACCACACUUCGGUGGACUGUAG